AUGGUCAAGGAGCAGUAUAAAGUAGAGGGACCUGCAGAUCCUGUAUUUGCUGUAGCUGGUGAAGAUGUGAUUCUGCCCUGUUCAGUCAAACCCAGCUUCAGUGUUGUGGACAUGAGAGUGGAGUGGUCUAGAUCUGAUCUGAGAGGUUCAUUAGUGCAUCUCUAUGAGGAUCAUGAAGACAGAAACACAGAGCAGAUUCAGUCCUACAGAGGGAGAACAAAACUAAAUCAUCAAGAACUACAGAGAGGAAAUGCAUCACUCAAACUCUCAACAGUCCAAAUAUCUGAUGAAGGACGUUAUAAGUGUUUUAUUCAGUCCAAGUCCUGGUUUGAUGAUGCCAUUUUUGAUGUCAGAGUUGAAGCUGUAGGACGUCCUCCAUUGAUCACUGUAGAUGGGUUUGAUCGUUCAGGAGGGCUUCAUCUACAGUGUGAAUCUGAAGGUUGGUAUCCUGAACCUGAUCUUGAGUGGCUGGACAGUGAAGGAGUCAGUUUGAGUUCAGAAACUACAGAGAAACUCAGAAACACAGAUGGAUUCAGUGUGAAACACACAGUCGUUGCACAUCACAGUAUCACCAAGAUUCACUGCAGAGUCAAAAUGAAGCAUCACAUGCUGGAGACUGAGGUUAUCAUCUUAAAUAACAUGUUUUAUGAUUGGAGGACAUCAGUCAUUCUGAUCUCAGUUUUCGUUUUGUUCAUUGUGAUUUCUGGACUAUUGUUUGUUCAUAAAUACAGAGCACACAGACGUCUAAAGGAAAAGAUGAACAGAAUACAACAUGAACGUGAUCAACUUUUACAAAGUCAGAAGGCGAUUAUUCCAAAAGCUCUCACACAGUUAAGGACACAAAAGGUGAAUGUGAUUCUGGAUGCUGAUUCAGCUCAUCCUCGUCUCAUCGUGUCUGAUGAUGGGAAACAAGUGGAACUUGGAAAUAAAUUGGGGGGGGAAAUGGAUGGAAAUGAAGAGCAAAAUGGCAGGUUUAAGGAAUAUCUUAGUGUCCUUGGCAAGGACAGAUUCUCCUCAGGGAGUUUUUACUAUGAGGUUCAGGUGAAGGAACAAACCAAGUGGCUUUUAGGAGUGGUCAGAGAAUCCAUUAACAGGAAGGGCUUCGGGAUCAAAAUGAAUCCUCAGGAUGGAUACUGGACUGUGGGUCUGAGAUAUGGGAUUUAUUUGGCUAGUAAUGAUCCACCUGUCCCUCUUUCUCUGAGAGUGAAUCCUCAGAGGGUCGGGGUGUUUGUGGAUUAUGAUGAGGGUCUCGUCUCUUUUUAUGAUGUCGAAAACAUGUCUCAUAUCUAUACUUUCACUGGUCAGUCUUUCACUGAGAAUCUUUGUCCAUUUUUUAGUUUGGGGUAUUGGAAUAGAAACUCCACACCACUGAUUAUCUGUGAUGAUUAAUAAUGACUUCAGUGAAUGAAUUUAUGUGAAUGUUCAAUGAAAUAAAAGG